AUGGGUAGGCUGUAUUACGCCGUCGCAAAGGGCAAUAACCCAGGUGUCUAUGAAAGUUGGGAUGAUUGUUCCCAAGAAGUUCACGGCUAUUCUGGGGCCAGAUACAAGAAGUUUCUGAGCCUCAGCGAAGCGCAACUGUUCAUCAAUAACGAGGGUAAUGGUUCGGCCAAUCGGUCAUCAAACAGUCGUGGAUCUUCUUCCUCCUAUGGUGGCCGGUCUGGAUACGUCCGCUACAGUUCUUCGUCUUCCUCUCAAAGAGACCACUCACCUAUCUCCAGAUCAUAUAGUAGAGACAAUUAUAGAGCUGAGCCGAGCUAUGAAAGCGCAGCUCUGUAUGGAAGCUCAACACUGUAUGGAAGUACAACUCUGUAUGGCAGACCUAGCCCUCAAGUUACGCUGGCAUCAAAGCUGAAGAGGACAAAGCAAAUCUAUGUGGACGGAGCAUGCAGAGGCAACGGAAAAGAAUCGAUGCCAAUGAGUGGAUAUGGUGUGUGGUUUGGUAAGGACGACGAGUCAAACGCUGCUGUGCCAUUAAGUGAUGUUGACAAUCUCAGAAUCACACCUAGCAAUCAAAGGGCAGAACUUUACGCCAUGAAACAUGCUCUUCUGCACGUUUCCAAUAAUCGUGAGAAAUUUAAGGAUACCAAUAUUGAGAUCUGCUCUGAUUCAAAAUACUCCAUCAGUUGUAUGGAGGAAUGGGUUGACAAGUGGAAAGAUAACAAUUGGAGGAACUCGCAGAACAAGCCAGCCGCCAAUCUUGACAUAAUAUUGCCAACUUAUGAUUUAUACAAGAAGCUCAAUGCUGAGAAUGCUACUCAGAUCAAGUUUGUUCAUGUGAAGGGCCAUCUGGGCAUCGAUGGAAAUGAACAAGCCGACAAACUCGCAAACCUUGGUGCUGACAGAAUGACCAAGACCCAACCAAAGGGGCCAUGA